CCCUGCCCGAGCCCAGCCCAGCGCAGCCCGGCCAGGCCCGGCCGCAGGGGGCGCCGUCCCGCCCGCCCGAGCUCGUACCCGCCGCGGCGCCGGCGCGUCAGGCUGCGUCACGUCGCGUCACGCUGCGUCAGGGCCGUGCUUCGGGCGACGACGCUGCCGCGCGGCCCCACCCCCAAACUCUGCCGCCUCGAGGCCGCCGACGCUUCUGCCCUGCGGAAGGCGGCCCCCGGCUGGCAAGCUGCUCGCGCGCUGAGGACCUGGCUGCCCGGCGGUGCCCCCGGCCUCGCGGUGCCGUGCGCCGGAACUUGCGCCCGCCGGCUCUUCAGCUCGCGACGCUUUGGGAACGCAGGGGGACCUGCUUGUCUGUGACUUUGGCCGUUUGCCUUCUGGAGUCUGUGUCUUCGGCCGCGGCUUGUAUGGUCCGUGGCAUUCCUCGUUCGUACAGACGCCUCGCGAUUUUGCUCAUUGCGGACGCCAGCGGCAAACGGUCGCAGAGAGCGCGGUCCAUCCUGGUCUGAGCACUUUACAGGGGUAGGCGCUGCUAUUUUCCUCAAGAAAACGGGCACAGAGAGGUUAGUCGCGUUCUGAAGGUCACACAGCGUGCGGGUGGGCAGGUCCGGAUCUGGCCUUGGGGCGCGCCCCGCCUCCGUGGUUCUGCCUGUGGAUCACAGUCGCGGCUCGCUCCCUGUGGGGCCUCUGGUCUCGCAGCCUGCGACUAAACCUGGGAGGUGCUUGGCACUGGCUUUGCGGAUGAAACCAAGCUUCAGAGGCGGUGUCAUCUGGCCCGGCCGCGCAGCUGGUGCGCCCCAAGCUCACGUGCGAGGCCUGGCUGUCAGGAGGGCUCCUUCCCGAGGACGCACACGAAGCCUCCUGGACCUCAGGCUUCAGACUCUGAAAACCUCCGUGUACAGGAAACCCCACAGGACGCAGCCAGCAGCUCGGAUCAGUGGGCGCACCUAUCGCCCUGGUCCUGGGCUAAACAGUGAACAGGAGCUCGGUGGCUCGGCGGUGGUUACAGUUGUAGUAAAUGAUCCCUGGGAGAAUCCCCUUCAUAAGAUAUUUGGUGUAUUUUCAACAAAGCACUCUUCAGGAUGGAUGAGGGACUACAAGUCAGGGAAGAAAAAGGUUGACAACCCAGUUUAAAAAAAAAAAAAUGGCGAAAGAUAUGUGCAGAUGCUAUGCGGUGGCCCAAAGGUGCACACGUCAUCAGUUCUCCAGGGAAUGGGGCACCCGGCCCCUAGGCUGCUGAACUUGAGACUUGGAAUGCCAGUGUUGGAACGAGGAGACGCUGGAGAUCACCUGCUGCAGGUGGGCGCGUAACUCGCUCGGCACAGCUCAUCCCUUUGGAAAACUGCAGCCUGCACGAGGGCCCAGAAGGUCCGAAGAGAAAGUGUAGGUGCAUCUGCCAAGGACACACCCACAGAGGCCACAGCUUCGAUUUCAUAGUGUGGGACCUCACUGGCAAAGACAGGUUGGCUGCUGUAGUUUCCAUCCCAGUCGUCUGUCUCCAUAGAAAAAGACCCGUGCCUGUACAUUCCACGCUUUGCGCACCUGCUGGAAUUCGGGGAGAAGAACCAUGAGGUGUCCAUGACGGCCCUGAGGCUCCUGCAGAGAAUGAAGCGGGACUGGAUGCACACAGGCCGGCGCCCCUCGGGCCUCUGCGGAGCAGCACUUCUCGUUGCAGCCAGAAUGCAUGACUUCAGGAGGACCGUGAAAGAGGUCAUCAGCGUAGUCAAAGUGUGUGAGUCCACACUGCGGAAGAGGCUCACGGAAUUUGAAGACACCCCCACCAGUCAGCUGACCAUUGAUGAGUUCAUGAAAAUUGACUUGGAGGAGGAGUGCGACCCCCCUUCGUACACAGCUGGCCAGAGGAAGCUGCGGAUGAAGCAGCUUGAACAAGUCCUGUCAAAAAAACUGGAGGAGGUUGAAGGUGAAAUAUCCAGUUACCAGGAUGCAAUUGAGAUUGAACUGGAAAAUAGCCGACCAAAGGCCAAGGGGGGCCUGGCCAACCUGGCGAAAGACGGCUCUGCUGAGGACACUGCAUCCAGUGUGUGUGGCGAGGAGGACACGGAGGACGAGGAAUUGGAGGCUGCGGCCAGCCACCUGAACAAGGACUUAUACCGGGAGCUCCUGGGUGCCACCCCCGGCAGCUCAGAAGCAGCAGGAAGCCCCCAGUGGAGUGGCAGACCCCCGGCCUUGGAGUCCCUGCUGGACCCCCUGCCCACGGCAGCCAGCCUGGGCAUCUCAGACUCCAUCCGCGAAUGCAUCUCCUCCCAGAGCAGCGACCCCAAAGACGCUUCGGGAGACGGCGAGCUGGACCUCAGUGGCAUUGACGACCUGGAGAUUGACAGGUACAUCCUGAACGAGUCAGAAGCCCGCGUGAAAGCUGAGCUGUGGAUGAGGGAGAACGCUGAGUACCUGCGGGAGCAGAGGGAAAAAGAAGCAAGAAUAGCCAAAGAGAAGGAGCUCGGCAUCUACAAGGAGCACAAGCCCAAGAAGUCUUGCAAGCGACGGGAGCCAAUUCAGGCCAGUACCGCCAGAGAAGCCAUUGAGAAGAUGCUGGAGCAGAAGAAGAUCUCCAGCAAGAUCAACUACAGCGUGCUGCGGGGCCUCAGCAACGUCGGCGGGGGCAGCCCGCACAGGGAGGAGGCACGGCCCGAGCACAGCGGCAGCGCCAGGAAGCUGUCACGGAGGAGGACGCCAGCCAGCACAGGUGCAGCUGACCCUAUGACCAGUACGGGGAAAAGGUUGAGGCCUCUGGUGUCUACGCAGCCAGCAAAGAAGGCCGCCAUGGGAGAGGGUUUGCUCCCGAGCUCCCUUGCCCUCGGAGCUGAGCCUGCCAGGCCCCAGGCGGUGCUGGUGGAGAGUGGGCCCGUGUCAUACCACGCUGAUGAGGAGGCUGAGGAGGAGGAAGCCGACGAGGAGGACGGGGAACUGUGCGUCAGUGCCCUGCAGAUGAUGGGUGGCAACGACUACGGCUGUGACAUCGACGAGGACGACGGCUACUGAAGCGCAGCCUCCAGGCAGGUGGCGUCCUGGGGGGCCUCUCGGGUCUCCUCCGCAUCAGGCGGACCCCCAGGGCCGCAGCAGGCAGGCUCUAGUGCCAAGACUCCUGGUGACAGGUGGCGCCUGCCCCGUGGCCCUCGUCCCACGUGGACUUCUCCAUUGGAAUCGUGUUUCUCUCCGGCAAGGGAAACCCGACCAAGUGUCUCCGUGCGUCUGUUCAGCUGUGGGCCUGGCGUGCCCAGAUCUGGGUCCUGCUGCCUGCCGUCGACGCCCCCAAGGAUCCUCGAAGGCUGGCACUUUGGCGUUGCUACUGUAGGGAAACAGUCGGGGCAGCCCCACCGCUGAUCAGGUGCGUGUGGAGGGCUGCGUGUGCUGACCCUGCGACUCAGGACCAGCUCUGGAGCCCCAAGCCCACCCUCCGCACCGUCCCCUCCCGAGCGGCACUGCGCCAGCGCCCUCUGCCAGAGAGGAAGCUGGAGCCCUGCUGUGUCUGGCAUGGCAGUGGCAUGGCAGUGGGAGCUGAAGGUUUAGCACUUGAGAGGCGGCAGGUUGUCUGAAGGUCCUUUGCCUCCAGCUGUGGCCCUGCAUCCAGAUCCUGGCCUCCUCCGAGGCAGACACCCGCACCCUGCCUCCUCCAGGCUCCCUCCCCUCCCUACAGCCUGUACCACCCAGAGCACUACGGAGGACAGACAAGGGGGUCAGACCCUGCUCCAGGUCCACCUGAGUUGUGUGCCUGGGAGCCUCACAGCUGCCAGCAGGUGAGCUGAGACUGUGCAUAGUUCUGCAGGUGGUGCAGGCACAGCCUGCUCAGUGCCCUGGCGCUGGGGGUGCCCUGUGGACAGAGCCAGAGCUGUCCAGAAAGCAGUGUCCUUCCCUCUCAGAGCUGGGUCAGGUCCCCCCCAUCCAGGAGGGAGGGCAAGCGGAGGCCUCCUCGUGUAAAGGCCCCAGUACCACCCAUAGGAGGUCUCAGCUCUGGCAUGGCUGCCCUGAAUGUGGCUGAGGAGGGGGCUUCACCCUGUGCCCCUAGGAGAGGGUGGUCUUGAGGCAGAGCUGUGCUGCACUGACCCCCGGGGGGCCUCAGGCUCCACAUGGAAUGGGCUGUAUAUCCUGCCUUCACUUGGCCCGAAGCAGGCCAGACCCCCCUGCCCCUGCCCAGAGCUUAGCAGCCAGCCGGGUUCCUGCCAGAGUGUCUUGAAGGCUCAGGGGAAGAAUAGAUUUAGUAAAGCAGAACUCAUACUUGACAGAAAUCA